CUCUUACAACACCCGAAACCCUGAAAGCCUUUUGUUAAAACCUUUUAGCCUUUUCUGUUGGGGUAAAGGGUGGUCGUGCUGCAGUCAGUGAGGCUGGCGGUGCUGAGGGCGAGCUGGUCUGCAUGCCGGAGGAAAUGUGUCCAAAUGCAGGAGGAUAAUACGGCUUUUCCUCCCGGCUCGUGACUGCAAUUUUUCCGAGCAGGUGGUUGCCCAUCAAGAGGGAGAGAGAAUUGUGGGUUAGGGUGGAGGUUGGUGGGGGGAAGGGCUACGUACACUAGCUGCACGUGCGAUCCUCCUUCUCAAUGACUUCACGCGACAAGGCGCGUGCGACUCGGGAGGGAAGAAGACAAGAGACCAGAACACACGAUUGGCCAGCGUCUGGAGAAAGUUUCUUGUCUUAACGCAGAGCGCCAGCCAGCUAGCGGCUCUUGAAGACUAACAGAAGAAGAGGAAAAAGCUGUGGAAGUGAGUGGAAUGGACCAAGCUAGACACUGACUUUCUACUUGCAUCAAGUCCAAGGAAAGGAAACCAGUAUCUGCAGCCAAAAUUCAUCAGUUUGACAAAGAAACACGUUUUAAAGAUGUUUUGAAGACCCUGGACCUGCUGUGAUGGAGAAAUACUACCCCCGAGCAAGCGCCAGUAAAGGCAACAAGAAUUUCAGACUCUUUCCAGUCAGUUGGAGGAAAUUCAGGGUCACUGCCUUGGGCGUUUGGAUGACAGUCUUUAUUGCUGCUGUCUUCUGUUUGUCCUGGUUCGUCCUUCCCUCCGAAGCAACGCGCGUCUGGAAUUCGGACCUUCAGCAGAAACAGAACUUGCCGAGAAGUGUGGGCGGCAAAAGAGUUUAUGCUCAGACAGAAACAGAAGCUGGAAGGACUUUGGAGCGAGCGAAACCUGGCAAAGAUCACACAACAGGCAGGAAAGGGAAGAGCAAGAAGAUUUGGGACAGGAAGGGGCGUCCCAAGAAAUUUGCAACUCUGGACCCAGUGUCAUCUGUCAGUGGCUUCCAUGAAGCAGGCAGUCCAAACUACCUUACUCGGCAGCAGGACCAGGAGACGAGGGUCAACGAGACACCUGCCGACGCAAAGGACAGAAAGGGGCAGGUAACUAAUGAGGCUCUCACCUGGAAGAGGCAGCCGAGCGAGAAGGAGGUGCAACAGUUCCAGAAGCUCGUGGUGAGGACCAUGGAGUGUCGAAACCUGCCCGCCCUCUCCCUCAGCCUCGUCAAGCGAGGACGCGUCGUCUUGGCAACCAACCUCGGGUACGCUGACCCAGAGGCACGGAUGCCCGUGAUGAAUGAGACGAGGUUUGCGAUUGGUUCAUUGACCAAAGCCUUCACUGCGACGGUAGUCACAGACUUUCUCAUGGAGCGGAAUAUCAGUCUCGAUAUACCGGUCCAGAAGCUGCUGCACUCCGACUUCCGGCUCAUGGACGAGCACCGCACGCGCAGCGUCACCAUCCGCGACCUCUUGGGUCAUCGCGCAGGCGUACCGGGCUACUUCAACGCCUUACUCGUUGGACUUCCGGCGCACGUGACCAGAUCUGAGUUGCUGUCGAAACUUCAGCAUCUACCAGCGGUGGCUCCUCUGAGGUCACAGUUCCUCUACAACAACUACCUCUUCACCUUGGCUGCUCACGUGGUCGAGGUCCUUUCCGGUCAGUCAUGGGAGACGCUAAUGAGAGACCGAAUACUGAGGCCGUUGGGAAUGACGUCAACAGGGUUUGUGGACAGGGUGGACAACUUCAGAGACUUCGCCCUACCUUGUGCUCUCGUCAACGGGUCUUUCAGAAACCUCACACCGGAGCUGUUGUUCUCUGUGUCGCCGUGUGGACCGGCGGGUUCCCUCUACUCCACGGCGCGCGACAUGGCCCAUUGGCUGAGGCUGCUCCUGGCAGACGGCAAGACCUCUGAUGGCCGACAGAUGCUGAAGGACAGUGUUCUCAAGGAAACCUUCAAGGCAGUUAUGCCCCCACCCGGCAUUGGGACCGACCUCACGCGGCCCGUGUAUCCCAUCAGUGACGUGGAACAGUCGUACGGCAUGGGGUGGAUCACAUCCAACUACAGAGGCUAUCGCAAGAUCUGGCACUCGGGGGGCAUCGUGACCUACUCCUCUCGCCUGUGGCUGCUGCCAGGUGCGGAUGCUGGUCUGUUCGUGGCCACAAGCGGUCCGCAAACGUCACAGAAGGCGCACGGCCUGACUGCCAUCACGAGCCUGGCAGCCGACCUCUUGCUAGGAGAAGAGCCCUGGCUAAACUCCUCCACCGUCUGCUCCUUCCCCUCCCCAUGGAACGAGCACAAGGCCACAGAAGUGCCCGUGGAACGUCAUGACGUCACGACGAAAAAACCGUCAACUAAGGUGGCAGCACAAGUCGUUAACGACCUGGACGAGCUGACCGGAACCUACUUCCACGAGGCUUUCGGAGAAAUCGUCAUCGAGCGAGCGGAAUCAGAGGACCAUAAGGUCACAGAUAAGAAAAGUUCGAACUCCAGCGAGUCGGCGACCCCGACCGGCAACGCCUCCACCUGGCUGACGCUGAAGUUCGGUCGUUUCGGGCAUCUCCGGAUCUCCAAGGUGAUGGAAGAAGCCAACACGUGGGAAGGGACGUUCCUCGGUCCCCUCUGGUACGUCACAGCUUCCGACGAAGCGUUCGCCCCCCUGCAGGUGACGUUCGUGCAUGACAGACACGGAAGAGUGAGCAAGCUGCGGUACCCCAUCGACGGACAGCACGACAACAUCGAAUUUCAGAAGCGGGUUCUGCACAUAACAGGGGUCAGCUCGCACGCCACGUCAGCCGCUGAGGUCAUCUUCGCUUCUUCCUCGCUGGUGAUGGCCGUGUUUUCCCUCUUGUCGACUUUCACGCGCCGCUGAACUCGUGAUUAAUUACUUGAAAUUAAUUUCCUUUUUUAGAAGUGAGAACUAUGUUUUAUUUUAGCAUGACCAUUAUGUUUUCAGCUAUUUUUCUACUUUGUCAAUUCUUUAAUUUUAAUAAGGCAGUUUAAAAUUUGAUCAGAGACCAGUAUAGUAGCAGCAGGUAACGUUACGUAGCAUCGAUGUUACGCACACAUAUACGCACAAUGCUAAAGGGUAGGCGAUAGUGACGUGUUGUUGAAAAUAUUAUAACCCACACAAAUACAUUCCUGGGUCAGGUUAACUAAUUGGACAAAUGAACAAUCUGGUAAUUAUAUUAUGUGUAUCACACUAGUGAGGAAACUGCAAUAUUUCAUCAAUCCUAAGCAGCCUUUUCCCGCUAUAGGGGAGAGGGAGGGGUGGAGGAAACCAGUGUACCCGGCAAAACCCUCGACUGCAGGUGAACAGGUGUCAUAUACAGAAUGGCUCGAGACGAGAUCCGAACCCAAAGCCUCUCUGCGGUGGUGACAAAACGAGUGUUUCAACCACUACUCCACAGAGCGCCCCCUUUUGGGAAGCGCCUUGCUGCAAAUCUUGAAGAACAAUCAUAAUGUAGACAAAGGUAUAGACCUCACUAUAUCAAUAUACAGACGUUCGGAAAUCUGGUUUGAGAUUAUGUAUUAUUUUUACAAUUUCUACUUUUUUUUUUUUUGCUCAGUCUAAAAUGCCAUCUGAUUCGAUUUUCUUCGUUUUAUUUUCCAUCACCGUACAACUUGUUAUUUCAACCUCAGAGGUAUUAGCUCACCUAGCAGUAUUUUUUUUUUUCAGAGAUUGCCGAAUCCAAAGCGCAACAGAAUUUAUAAAUAUACUCAUUCAAGCAUUACUGUGUUUACUGAAUAAUCAUAUCAUAUGUUAUUAUUCUCUAUGAAUACCUAUCUUGAUCGUGUCAUUGUUGUGUGUUGUAAUAUUUCAAAAUUAAUAAUGUUGUUGAUACUGUUUACGUACUGAACAUACAUAUUUAUAGUUGUUCAAAUACUGAAUAUUUUUAUCGUCCUAGUGUACUUGUCUGUAUCUAUAACUUGAACUAGAGAAUACACUCAAAGAUCUUUGCUAGAAGGAAUUGAUAGAUUCUAAACGAAGUUUUUUUUAAUUUUAAUUUAUUUAUUUAUUUAUUUAUUUUGCUGAUGUUUUGCCCUUGAACCAACCUGACAUUUCCUAGCCGAGGGAUUUGGAAAUCUGCGGUUUGUUUAAAGGGAGAUAAUGAUGAAUAUUGUUAGACCUCAAGGGAGCUAACUGCUAAUCCCAAGUUAGGACCCGUACCAGCCAGUGUUUCUUCGCCUCCUUUACAUCCACGGAAAAAGACAUUUGACGAGGAUAAUCCUUGUUAUAGUUGGAGCUCACUUUUACAGGGGUAUUCAUGUAGGGCCUGUAAGAAAGGACUGGUGCUAAAGCGUUCGAAAGUUGGAGAUUUUCAGUCGUUGACAUUUUUUUUCUUUUUGAGAUCUGAAAUUCCGGAGUACAACACAAGUCUAUGAUCAGGUCAAUGGGGUUAGAGGCACAUAGUGUGCGUUACGCUCAGGUACCACAGUUUUGUCAGGUAAAAGAUUUCUGUAUAGUAUACCUGGUCAGGCUCGCAAUUAUUCCGUGGCGCAUUGUUUAGAGGAAAUUACGAAGAUAUAGUCCGUGGAACGGAUAGUUAAAAGUACGAUCUAGUCUUUAGAGAUAAAAAUGCACUGAAAUUUCAAGUAUCAAAGCUUAUAAAUAAAUGUACUAUAUUAAGAACAGUUUGUAUAAAAUGUUACAUAUUUGUUGUUGUCCUUGUGAAAUUUGUGGUGUGAAGUGUUUGUGAGUCCUCAUUGUCUUACGAGGAAUUGUCACAAAAAAAAAAAAGAAAAACAACUCGAUAAUGAUUUUUUCUAAUUUUACAUGCAUUAUGUAGUGAAGCCAAUUUCCAUAUCGUUGUGAAAGUUCGUGUUUCGUCUUCGAGGAAAUAAAGUGAGU